AUGUUGCUGCGCGUGUGUCGCCGUCCGCUGCGCGCCCCGCUACUCCAGCGCGGGAAUCUGCUGGCGAGCGGCCUCUCGACUUCGAGCGCAGGUGACAGUGACGAGGACAGUGAGAAGGCUGCAGCGCCGGCGUCUCCGCACAAGUACGACAACGUGCGCAAGCUCAUCGUGGGGCUGGGCAACCCGGGCGACAAGUUCACCAACACCAGGCACAACAUUGGUUUCGUGGCGGUGAAGCACUUCAUGGACACCUACGCUUCUCAAGUCACGGGAAAGCAGCUCAAGCUGGAACAUGAAGCGGGCAACCACGGUGAUGUGGCGCGGUUCCGUGUGGCGUUCCAGCAGAAUGUGGCAGAUAAGGGCUACGUCUACCCAGUGGACGACCUGGUGAACCGCUCAUCGAAGCGAGCCAAGGAGAGAACUCUGAAGGAGGGCGUCCCGCACGACGAGGUGAACGUCGCACUGCUGCUGCCCACGACGUACAUGAACUGCUCUGGCACCGCCGUGAGAGCCUUCAUGCAGUCGCACCGUUGGCGCCUGAAGAAGAACCCGCUGGCGCUGAACCGACAAGACGAGCUGCUCGUGGUCACGGACGACGUGGCGCUGCCGUUCGGCGAGUGCCGCUUCAAGGCGAAGGGCGGUCCCGGCGGCCAGAACGGCGUGCGCGACAUCAUCAAGUGCGUGGGCACCGAGCGCUUCGCUCGACUCCGCAUUGGCGUUGGCGCGCCUCACUGGUUCGUCGGAGGCAACAGCGGCGCGCCGUCGGGCACCGCGAUGGACAAGUUCGUGCUCGGGCGGUUCAACGGCGACGAGCAGGAGGCCAUGCCGGACUUGCUGCGCUACACGAACGAGCUGCUGCGGCUGUAUCUGCACCGAGGCGUGGCCCAGGCCACCACGUACGCCAACAGCAUGGACUUGCCGCGAUACUUGAAGCAGUACGGCGCGUCACAGCGGGCGCGUCGACAGUAG